GCUAGGCCGUGGCAUUUGCAGCCAGGGCUUGAAGCUUGGUGAAUUUCAGUGCAAAGAAAGUCCUCUCCCUCUUUUCAAUUCCAGGGCCGUGAAAACAGGGGGGAUUUUCUGCGUCGUGCGACCAAGUUGUCCUGUGGCCUCGCCAUGCGGCCGGAAGAGGUCGGUUUCUUCUGCUGCCUCCUCUUUCUCCACCUAGCUGUGGCCGAGGCAGGGGGUCGGCCGUGCUCCGCCCGGAAUUUCGGGCACGGCUCGCUGGUGUGUGAAUGCGGCGCCGACUACUGUGACACCCUGGAGCCGCUCUCUCUCCUUCCCUUAGGCUCUUAUGUGAAGUACGAGAGCAAUAAGGCUGGGCGCCGCGUCGAGCGCAGCGAAGGGGUGCUGAGCAGUGACCGUCCAGAAAAAGAAAAACUCAUGCUGACGCUUAAAACAUCGGAAAAGUAUCAGAAGAUCAAAGGCUUCGGCGGAGCACUCACUGAUUCAGCUGCGAUCAACAUCCUGUCGCUCUCCCCGAAGGCUCAGACGAACCUGCUCAAAUCCUACUUCUCCGAAGAAGGGAUCGAGUACACCUUGGUCCGCGUGCCCAUGGCCAGCUGCGAUUUUUCAGUGAGGCUGUACACCUACGACGACUGGGAGGAUGACUUUGAGCUCAAAAACUUCAGCCUGACGGAAGAGGACACAAAGAUGAAGAUCCCUAUCCUGCAGCAAGCUCAGGCGGUCGCCUCCAAGCCUCUCUUGCUCUACGCCAGUCCGUGGACUUCUCCUGUGUGGAUGAAAACCAACGGGGCCAUGACGGGUCGCGGCACCCUCAAAGGGAAACCGGGAGACAAGUAUCACAAGACUUGGGCCAAUUAUUUCAUCAGGUUCCUGGACGAAUACGCCAAGUAUAACUUGACUUUCUGGGCCGUGACGGCGGGAAACGAGCCGACGGCUGGGGACAUCAUCUUCUACCCGUUCCAGUGUCUGGGGUUCUCCCCCGAGCAUCAGCGGGACUUCAUUGCGCAGGAUCUGGGCCCCGCUUUGGCGAACAGCUCUUAUAAAGGCAUUGAGCUGAUCAUUCUCGACGACCAGCGAGUGAUGUUGCCGUACUGGGCGGAAGUGGUUCUUAAGGACCCCGUGGCAGCCAGUUAUAUCAACGGCAUCGGCAUUCACUGGUAUCUGGAUUUCCUGGCGCCCAUUGACCUGACGCUGUCCAUCACCCACCACCUCUUCCCCAACUAUUACCUCAUUUCCACCGAAGCCUCCACGGGAUCUUACUUUUGGGAGCCACGAGUAGUGCUGGGAGGAUGGGACCGCGGAAGUAAAUACAGCCACAGCAUCCUGGCAAAUCUCAAUAACUACGUCACCGGAUGGACCGACUGGAACCUUGUGCUGGACAUGGAGGGGGGUCCCAACUGGAGCAAGAAUUACGUGGACAGCCCCGUCAUCGUGGACACAGCCCGCGACGUUUUCUACAAGCAGCCCAUGUUCUACCACAUGGCCCAUUUCAGUAAGUUUCUCCCGGAGGGAACGCAGCGGAUCGGCAUCCAGUCCAACACAUGGACCGGCCUCGAGUUCUCCGCUUUCCUGCGCCCGGAUGGCUUGGCCGCCGUUGUGGUCUUGAACAGGUCCCCCGAAGACAUCCCGUUCGGAAUCUCGGACCCCGGCGUGGGCUUCAUCGACGCGGUGGCCACGGCGGAUUCCAUCCAGACCUACCUCUGGCAGCGACCCCCAGGGAACCAGGAGGAGCUCAGCCACAACCCUCCGGACGCUGGGCGCCCCACGAGUCGCCACUCCUUCUGGGACAUUUUGUUUCCUCAAUCAGCCCCUUACGGCUAGCGGGUGGAGUGUGUGUGGGGGUCCCCUUGCAGGGUGCCUGGGGAGGGGGCCUGCUGGCUGGGUCGAAGGCCUGCAUGAACCAGGACGAUGGGAAAUCCUGCCGUAAACAGAGUCAACUUCAGUUAAUAGUUUCACAUUUUGCUUUUCCAUUUAAUCCAUUAACUCUAUCGUGUUUUCCACCCUUUUCUCCUGUCCUUGGGGGUCUCUUCCUCCCCCUCCCCAUAUUUUUUUCAUACAA